UCUCUGAUUGUCCAAUCAGCAAACGACGAUUUCUCUUUGGAUUAUAAAUUAAAGUUUUCAUACAACAAUAUACAUAUGGUUGAUACAAUUUUUCAAAUCUCAACUUCUUUUGAUCCAUUCGCGGAUGCCGUGGACUCAGACUCUGAUGUUCAAAUCCCACGGAGUUUCGAUCCGUUCGCCGAGUCGAAAGACUUAGGUGCCCGUGGAACAAAAAAGGAGUAUGUGCAUAUUCGUGUACAACAAAGGAAUGGUAAGAAAAGUUGGACUAUGAUUGAAGGUUUGAAGAAAGAUUUUAGUUACGAAAAAAUACUUAAGGACCUUAAAAAAGAGUAUUGCUGCAAUGGAACCAUUAUCCAGGAUAAGGAGCUUGGGAAAGUGAUACAAUUACAGGGCGAUCAACGCAAUAAUGUGUCCAAGUUCCUUGUGAAGGCUGAUAUUGUUAAGAAGGAACAAAUCAAGGUUCAUGGUUUUUAAGUUUUAGAGGCAUAAUAUUUAGUAGUUGACUAGUUGUGUA